AUGCAUGAGGUGGUCUACUUUGGUCGAGCGCUGCCGUUUAUUAUUAUGGAUAAGAUUCCGUAUUUCAGGAAGUAUAAGAUCCAGGCUAGUAAAAUGCCCACUCUGGCCGAACAAUGGGCCUGCGCCAAACUCGUCCUACUUUCCCACUUCACCGUCGAACUUCCUCAGAUAUGGCUCUUCCACCCAGCGUGCCAGUUCUUCGGCCUGUCAACAUCCGUGCCCUUUCCUUCGUGGUAUACCAUGGUCUGGCAAAUCGCACUGUUCUUCGUCCUCGAGGACGCAUGGCAUUACUGGCUCCACCGAGCCCUGCACACCCCGAAACUCUACAAAAUGAUCCACAAACUGCACCAUCAAUACAGCGCCCCUUUCGGGCUUGCGGCAGAGUACGCAUCUCCGCUGGAAACCAUGAUUCUCGCGUUUGGAAGUGUCGGCAUUCCUAUUGCCUUCUGCGCACUGACUAAGAAUCUGCAUGUUAUCACCAUGUACCUGUGGAUCGUGGGUCGGCUUUUCCAGGCUAUCGAUGCACAUUCUGGAUAUGAGUUCCCGUGGUCUCUGCAUCACUUCCUGCCGUUCUGGGCGGGUGCCGACCAUCAUGAUGUCCAUCACGAGAAGUUCCUCGGCAAUUAUGCCAGCUCGUUCAGAUGGUGGGAUGCCACAAUGGGAACUGAUGUCGGUAGUGCUUCGGAGGGUUACAAGAGGAAAGAGAAGAAGGCCGUCCACGUGAAGGCGGAGUGA